GAGGGAACUGGGCGGGUCCCAACAUUAGGAUGGCCAAGACAUCCAGCUUCCAAUGCGCUGAUGGCAACAGAUAAGUAAAAAGUGAGCUCCUCGGACGCACGACAACACACCAACUGAAGUGGAAAGCGGCUCCUGUUCUGCUCCUCGUCCCAUUUCGGACACUGCGUACAAGGCGGUGCGGCUCCACACUGCAGCAGGACUGAACCACAGAGAAGAAGACAGCGAAGACAGUCUCGGCUUUGGCUUGUGCGUUAAGUUUGACUCGACGGCGGUUAUUUUUUUUAAUUUAUUUAUUUUUUUACUCUUUAUGUCAUAAAACAAGUAUCUUACUUUCUAGUGUGUAUAGGUUAGUCUAUUAUUUUUGUUUACCACACCAAAGGCGACAUUUACCUAAUGACGGCAGAGAUCCAGCAGCCACCCGCUCACACUCCUGCUCAGAGCAGCCCCAUGUCUGCUCCGGAGAAGCCGCACGGACAGACGGCGGUCAUGGAAACCGCCUCCUCCACCACGAAAACCAAAAAAACAAACGCAGGGAUCCGUCGGCCAGAGAAGCCCCCAUAUUCAUACAUCGCUUUAAUAGUCAUGGCGAUCCAAAGCUCUCCAACCAAGCGCCUGACGCUCAGUGAAAUCUACCAGUUCCUGCAGAGCCGCUUCCCGUUUUUCAGAGGCUCGUACCAGGGAUGGAAGAACUCCGUGCGUCACAACUUGUCUCUGAACGAGUGCUUCAUAAAGCUGCCAAAGGGCCUCGGGCGGCCCGGGAAGGGCCACUACUGGACUAUCGACCCGGCAAGUGAGUUUAUGUUCGAGGAAGGCUCCUUCAGAAGGAGACCGAGGGGUUUUAGGCGCAAGUGCCAGGCGCUGAAACCCAUGUACAGCAUGAUGAACGGCCUGGGAUUCAACCACAUCCCAGAGUCCUACAACUUCCAGGGGAGCGGCGGGGGCCUGUCCUGUGCGCCCAACAGCUUGUCUCUGGACAGUGGGAUUGGGAUGAUGAAUGGACACUUGGCAGGUAACAUGGAGGGGAUGGGUCUGUCUGGUCACUCCAUGUCACACUUGUCGGCCAACAGUGGACAUUCCUACAUGGGAAGUUGUACAGGAUCCACUGGGAAUGACUAUCCCCACCACGACAAUUCUGGCUCCCCUCUGCUCACCAGCGGGGGAGUCAUGGAGCCUCACCCCGUCUACUCGAGCUCAGCCUCGGCGUGGGCUCCUGCUCCCACGGCCUCGUUGAAUAACGGGGCUUCUUACAUUAAGCAGCAGCCUCUGUCUCCUUGUAACCCGGGGGCGAACUCGCUGCAGCCGAGUUUGCCCACACAUUCCCUGGAGCAGCCGUACCUGCACCAGAACGGACACAGCACCACAGAUUUACAAGGUAUUCCGCGGUACCAUUCCCAGUCUCCAAGCAUGUGCGACCGAAAGGAGUUCGUGUUCUCGUUCAACGCCAUGACGUCCUCGGCCAUGCACUCACCGAGCAGCAGCUCCUACUACCACCACCAGCAGGUCUCCUACCAGGACAUCAAGCCGUGCGUCAUGUGAUGCCUCCGCGGACAGCGUGUGUGUGCGCGCAAAGCAGCGGCUCGGUGACGCCACCAGACCCGAGUGAAUUGAACUGAAGUGAACUGAAGUGAACUGAAAUGAAGAUGAGAAGUAAAUAAAUAAAAUUUAAAAAUAAAACAAAACAAAAAAACAACCACUGAGAGACACAGCUGAGGCGUGACGCGUCCCGGGGCCUGGACAGGAAAACCGGACUAAACGUCUUUGUGCCGUUUUUUUUACGCAGCGUCAAAGACUCGGACAACAGGCCAAUCACAUCGCAACCACGUAAUAAUAAUAAUAUAUAAUAAUGCAAAACUCGUUUGUUUUCCAUGCAGUCAACAUCGACCAGCGGGGUAAAGACUGGGCUGCUGUUUGGUACUUAGUCCUGCAGAGCGGAUGACUACAGCCUACCACUCCACACACACACACACGUUUUUCUACAUGUUUAUUCUUCUUCAAGUAGGCCAAUGUAAAAAAAAAAAGAAAAAAAAAUGCACACUUACUUUCUCUAUGUCGAGUUUUUAACUUUUCUCUUUUUAUUUCUGACAAAUUAGGCUCUUUUUGGACGUAUACAUAUUCUACAUUACCAGUGAAGUUAAAAUGGACACACACACUUACACACACACACGUAGGUCCAUAUCUGUGUAAAAAUUGAUGAAGGCACUUUUUGAAUAGCCUAUAAGCGCAACUUUUAUUUAUUCUGUAGGCCUGCAUAUUUUUAAUUUCAAGCGAAUUGGCCAAGGAGGUUUAUGCUUUAUUGGCAAUAUUUGUCAGGACGCUUAUUAUUUGUUUUAAAAUGAAAAAAAAUGGAGGAUAUAUUGUAAGCACUGUUCUGUUUGUUUGUGUUAGAUAUACUGUAUGUAGACCAUUACUUUCGGCACUGUGUAUAUUAUUGUCAUAUGUUGUUGUUGUUGUUAGGACAAUUAGCCAUGGUCCAUCAGUGUGGGCUUAUGUGUAGGUUAUAUUACAACAAAACCAUUUGUAAGAAAUAAAAAUAUAUCUGUCGGGCUGUUUAAGCCCGAAUCCACAA